AUGGAGACCCGUCUUGCGACUGAGGAGUGGAAAGAGGCAGAGGCUGCGAAGCAGCGACUGGAGGAUGAGCGGCGGAAAGAGGAGGAAGAGGCUGCUAAGCGGCGAUUAGAGGAGCAGCGGCGGCGUCGAGCUGACGCGAAGGAGGCCGUGGAGAAGCUUGUCAAGGACCAGUGCGGCGACAUCGAGAAGCUCCAGGCUGCUGUGAAUGCUGCGCUGGGAGCUGGUGUGCCCUUUGAUUCGGUGGUGGCAGAAGCGACCCAACGAGUGCAGGAGCUGCGCAGUGCAGUGGAGCUCCUGCAGAAGUCGCUUGCCAUCGACGCUUCCAGCGAGGCAGCCGUGAAAGAGCUCCAGAAUGCAGUGGAACACGCGGAGGCGGCGAGUCUCCAGAGUGACCUGAUCCAGAAAGCGAGGGACAAGAUCACCCAGAUCCAGGGGACACUGUCAGCUGAGGAGGAGGCAGAGAGAAAGCGCAAGGAGGCAGAACGGCUGAAGAAGCUACAAGAAGAGGCCAAAGAACGACGGAGAAAAGCCGAGGAGGAGCGCCGAAAGAAAGAAGAGGAGGACAAAUUGAAGAGGGCGGGAGCACCGAAAGUGGUGGAGGCCAACAUCGACUUGCUGAAGUCCGUGGUGGAGAGAAACGGCGAGUUCACAGACAACGUCUGGACGCCAGAGGCGAUGGGCUCGAAGGCGAACAGCUCCUCGUACAAGAUCGUGCGGCUCCGAAAGAUAGUCGGUGACGAAGUCCAGCUCUUUUUGGACGGCUUCAACCCCAAUGAUAUACACCAAGGAGAGCUGGGCGACUGCUGGUUUCUCUCCGCCAUCGCAUGCUUGUCCGCCAGAGACAAACUGGUGGACAAGUUGUUCACCUACCACGAUGCAGCGAAGGGGCUUUACGUCGUACGCUUUUACAAGAACGGCGUCUAUCAGGCCGGGUUUUGCAAGGUUUACUCCCUACACCCUGCCGCCUCUAUGGAGGAUGUCACCAUCGAUGACUACUUCCCGGUGAAGUAUAGUCAGUGUGCUUUUGCUUCCUCGGGGAAGAAGACGGAGGCAUGGGUUCAAGCCCUGGAGACGCUUGGCUUUCCCUUGCACUUUGUCUGCGCGUUCUCAUCCGCGUCCGCGACACACCGCUUCGUGCUGCAGCUUGCAAAGCUCGGGCAUGGCUUUAUCUCCAUGAUUAUCCAUGUGCAAGGAGGCAUGGAGAAGGUGUUGGCUGAGUCGGUUGGUCUUGGUGCUUUGGCUCAGACCCUGCAGAGGGCGAACCAGGAUGCAGUUGCGUUGGUAGCCGUGCUUCUUGGAGCGCUGCUGGCGAUACGUGGCAGCGCAGUCAUGAAGUUCCUCUUCGUCUUCGUCCUCUCGCUUGCUGUUGUCGUUCGAACCUGUAUCGCUGCAAAAGAGGAGGGCCAUGUGGCUCUGGCCGCCCUGCUGGUACUUCUCGUCCUGCCCCUCGUAGUCCUUGCAGCCGACAGGCUCUAUCUCAUCUUUUGCUCGCUCGUCGGUGCUGCGAUUGGUGGAUCCGCGAGCUACGCCUGCACGGGACUGGUCGUUCUGCCGCACACGGCCGUAGGCCUCCUCGUGUCUUUGGCUGCAGGACUGGCUGCCCUCGCUUUUCUGCGUUGGAGAUGCUUCGGCUGGCGUCUUCUCUCUCCCCCACUUGGCGCGCUUCUGCUCACGGCCAGCCUUCGCUACGCCUUUGAACGCGUCCUCCUGGGGCGCCAAGCAAUGUGGUUGAGCUUUGCCGAUGAGCCAUGGUCUGACAUGAGAGCGUUCUCUUCGGACUUUGGGGGCGUGUCUUUCUUGUGCGCCUGCGGCGUCCUUGCACUGCUGGGAUGGUAUGUCCAGUUUGCCAACCUUCUGGGUUUGGAAGACCCGCUGGUGGUUCCAGAUCACUUGCUGGCGUUCUUUGACAAGACCCAGGCAUGGUUUCCCUUCGUCUUUGAUGGCUCUAGGGACCCCGAGGAAGGGAUGCUCGAGAGCCCGAGUGUGCUCGCGCCAUUCCUCGGGCAUAUGCCGGAGCACUAUGACUCGAAGCCCGAGGUCAUUAUGGCCCUUUCGGUGUUCGGCGUGGUGCUGUUGUUUGGCCUUUUAUCCAGUCGACCGCUGCUGCUUUUGGGCCACGCAGUCCUGAUGUCUUGCGCUGCAACACUUGUGACAGCUGGUUUUCUCAGCGGCGGUGAUGCAGGGAGCCUUUCAAGGCAUGUGCACUUUGGUGGAGACGGAAAGCCGAAGAGCCUGGUGUCAAGGCUGCACCGCCACGGCUUCGAAGUCGCAGGGUGUCUGGCAGCUCUUUCUGCACUUGGUGGCUAUGCGUGCCUGUGUGACGGGAGCCGACCGGAUGGCGCAUCACAGCCCGAGCUAUCAGAUCUGGCUUCUGACAGGCCUAUCCGGACCUUGCACGAGUGGCUGGGCUACGGUAUUCUUGGCAUCCUCGUCGUCAUGGCAUCGGCGAGUGCAGCCACCCGCGCGGGGGCUUGUCAUCAAGGCAAUGGCCCACGGGUCGUGGCAACUUUCCAGCGAGUUCUGGGGAAGAUGAUGUAUGCCAUCGCAGCAGCAACCCAGAUCUUGGGGUACUUCAUUGCUGGGUUGCUUCCUCUAUGGGCAUCCUGGCUGUUGACGAUCUGUCUGGUGGUGGUGGCAGUUUCGACCCUGGCUUCUAAAGCGCUGCAGCUGGAGGCCGCGCACCAGGCCCCCGAGAUGGGCUAUGCACCGCCUUGUGCAUUCUUACUUGAAAAGGCUUCGGCUGUCGAUACGCAGAUCAGCUUCGCCAGCACCAAGCUGGAGAGCGGCCAAAGCGAGCCACAAGCGCCGCAGCCGGCACAAAGCAAGCGCCUGCAGCCGCAGCAUCCCAAAAAGGAGGAGACGGCAGUCUUCAGGCGUGAGAAGAGCACGCGCCGCUUGGCCGGAGCGCUGAUGGGGAACCUGAGGGAGCAUCGACGGCAGGCUCUGCUGACUGUAUACUUCGGCCGCUGGCAGCGCAGCCUGCUUGCCAAUCGCUUGUCUCGGACAAAUAUGGAGGCAGCUGAGAACAACAACCUGGCAGACUUUCUCUCUGCCAGUCUCCUGGCACCCGACAGCUUGUGCCAAAGCAGGGGCCUAAUGACCGCCUGA